UUAUAUUCUGUCCUGAUGGCAUCCUGUAAAGAAAAUGAAGCUUGGAAGGAAGCAGAUCUCGCAGAAGACCGUAACGUUCGACCAACUCGAGCACCAGGCAGUCGGAGAAAGGCACCAUUCUACAAAGUUCUGCAGGGGAUGCCCAUCGCCGUGGAUGCGUUUCGCUAUGGAACCAUACCAGGCGUUACCGCCUACUUUUUAACUCAUGCUCAUUCCGAUCAUUAUACCAACCUCGCUUCGAAUUGGAAAAGCGGGCCGAUUUAUUGCUCAGGGGACACAGCUAAUUUGAUUAUACAUAUGUUGUCGGUUGAUCCCAAGUGGGUUCAUCCACUCCCGAUGGAUGUCCCUACAAUUGUUCCCGACUCCGGCGGGGUCACUGUCACACUUAUUGAAGCUAACCAUUGCCCGGGAUCAUGCCUAUUUUUAUUUGAGGGUCCGCAGACUGUACACGCUGGUGACAGCGCCUUCAAAUCGCCAUUCGUUGGUUCCGGAAAGGCUUUCCGAUAUUUGCAUUGCGGAGACUUUAGAGCUUCGCCUCAGCAUGUAAUGCACCCUGCCGUGAGAGGAAAGCAAAUUGACCAUGUGUAUCUGGACACGACCUACCUGGACCCGAAGUAUACCUUUCCUCCACAGCCGCUGGUCAUCUCAGCCUGUGCAGAGCUGGCUAAAAGAAUCGUUUCUGGGGAGUGGGUUGGCGCUCCUGACGCGAAUGGAAAGCGGAAUUCAACUAUGGAUGCUUGGGUCAUUCCAUCAGACAGGGCAGACGACAACGUUAUGAAACAGCCCAAAGAUAGAAUGUUGGUGGUUGUCGGUACAUACUCCAUUGGUAAAGAACGCAUUGUUAAGGCUAUCGCGCAGGCUCUCAAGACCAAAAUUUAUUGCGAUGCGCAUAAGGCUGCCAUCCUACGAUGCCAAAAUGACCCUGAGUUGCAUGCGCUAUUGACCAAGGACCCAAGCGAAGCUGGUGUGCAUGUUGUUCCGUUGAGCAUGAUCGUGUCGGAUAAGCUCAAGGCAUAUGUACAACGGUUCAAGGGGACAUACUCGCGGGCUGUCGGUUUCAGGCCUACAGGAUGGACUUACACACCACCGUCCGGCAGCGACCUCAGCCCAACCAUCCCAUCCAUCAUAUCGCGCGGGCAGUCACGGUCCUUCACACACGCAGACCUGAAACCCAUGCAAAAGUCGACAUUCGGUGUGCAAAUGUACGGCGUGCCGUACUCAGAGCACAGUUCAUUUUUUGAGCUUACAUGCUUUGCAAUGUCGUUUGACUGGGUGAAGAUGAUUGCGACUGUGAAUGUUGGAAACGAAAGACCUAGAGCGAAGAUGGCAAAAUGGGUGGAACGCUGGGAAAUUGACAAAAAGCGGAGUCAGGAAGCUAUGGUAAAACCUAGAGCUGCUGAUUACUGGUGA